AUGUGCUUCUACAAGCUACAAACCUGUCCUUAUCCUCAUCAAGAUCCUCUUGCCGCGCUCACCUUCCACCACGAGAAAGAAAGUGAAUGGGUACCUUGCGACCUCAGCAAGCCAUGGGGUCGUCUAAGUUGCGGCAAGCUUGUUAUUGAACAUCCCGUCGGUCUCGACUCAUCGCUCACGGCCUCCCACACUCCCUCGAUCGGAUUAUCCGGAAACGUUCUUGGAACUCGCUCUGGAAAUCCACUUGAAAAGCACGUCGUCGAGCCCACAAAAAUCCCUGUCAAAACCCGGCAAUCUUCUGCUGAUACAAUCGUUCCUGUUGGUGGAGAUAGCACAUAUGACGCAGCAAAAACCCAUGAUCAAACCGCCCCGUGCAAGUGGUGCACCGCAGUCAUCAAGAUAGUGGCUUUGAAGUCUCGAGAGGUCCAAGGCGAAGCACGACGGGAGAUAGCAGAAUUGGAGGGAAUCAUGGACGGCAAUCCUGCUUUGAGGCAGCUCCAGAGAGACAUUAUGCAUGUGGAAAAAGAGCUCGAUGUCUUGAGACGACAUGCUUGGGAGAUGGCGAGGGGUUUCCUGAACGGUGUAGAGGAGCCUGUUGACUGCUAG